AUGUUCCUGCAUAUGGUCUGCUUGCUUUCACUGGCAGUAGCGCUCCCCUCAAAUGCCGCCACCUCCCGUAAGCCUGGCUGCGAAAGUACAUGUGGAAACCUACAAGUUCCAUAUCCAUUCGGCGUUGGAAUUGGGUCGAAUUGUUCUAUGAGCUCAGACUUCGAUAUUUACUGCAAUACUACUUACAACCCUCCAAAGGCCUAUCUUACCCGUGCUGCUUCUCCCUUUGAGGUUGUAAAUAUUUCAGAAACUAAAAUUUACGUUAAGAACUGGAGGCAACAGCAGAUUGUGGCAUGUUAUGCGAGAAAAAACUUGGGAGAGUAUGUUUCGUUAGAAAUAGACUACUUUGCUAAUAGUCCAUAUACCUUGUCUGAUGCAAAUCAACUCACAGUCUUUGGUUGUGAUGACUUGGCUAUUGGACAGCAUUUAUCAAACGAUUCGAACGUGGGUGGUACCUAUGGUGCAGGUACUUCUUGUGCGCCCUACUGUGAGAGCCCGGUAGUUUCUGGUGGUAUGGGAUCUUGUCCUGGUGAUGGCUGUUGCCAGACCUCCUUAUCCAAGGAAACAACAUUCGAAGGAGUAAGGCUUCUCAAUGCAAAAUCAGUAAUGCUCCCGGAUGCUGAUUACACAUGGACAAGUGCUUCUGAGAGCACCUUCACAACAUCUGACAUCUCUCCUUUUAUGACCAAAACAUUUUGA